CCAGAAAUCACAACAAAGACAAACGUUCGCGGCACAAUGCUUAAAUGGGACAGGCACUCUUCGGGCACCCUGGUCAGUGGGGCCUUAAUGUCUGCUGUCUGAGGUUUAGCGUUGUUAGCGUAGUAACAUGUCGGCGCCCUCGAGAGCGCAGGUGAUUUCUCUGUACAAGAUGCUCCUAAGAGAAAGUUACAACUUCCCCUCGUACAACUACAGGACGUACGCGGUGCGGCGUGUGCGCGAUGCUUUCAGAGUCAACAAGAAUGUGGCCGACCCAAACACGGUGGAGAGGCUGGUGCUGGAGGGCCGCCAGUCACUGGCGCUGAUACAGAGACAGGUGGUUGUGGGCGGUAUGUUCCAGGCUCCGAAGACAGCGGUGGAGUAGUAGGAACCGGCCAAUCAGCUUCCGGCUUGUGAGGUGGGCGGUGCGUCAUGGGAGGAGUUGCAGCGUCCGACUUCCACAGAGACCCAAAUAAAAGCACUUUACGUGACAAAA